UUUCUAAACAACCACACAUGCGCCUGUGCUUUCUAGGAAAACUCUACUUUCAUUCUCAGUAUUAUAAAAUAAUGCAGCUGAAAUACUAGUUGUCAGAAGGCUCCUGAAAUAAAUUUGGGUGUGGUACAGAACAAUAAGAACAAGCCCUGAACAAAAAGAAAAACAUGGAUAAUCCAUUUCUACAUUAUGGACGAAUGGUGAUUAUCCAAAGAGCCCAAGAUAAUAUGAAUGUAGAAGUGUGUGAAGCUGUUAGAAAACUCACCCUUGGCUGUUUUGAUCGUGAAAGUGGGAAGUUAUUUCAAGAAAGAUUAACUGCUAAUUUGGAUGAGGUGUUGAUAUUGGAUUCGGAAAUGGGAAAAGAUUUCUUAACACAGCGUAUGGCAUUUUUCACAUUCCAGAAUCAUCCAGACGAUAUCCUUUCAUUAUUUGCUGUAAUGCGAUAUGUGUUUAGAGCUGUAAGUGUGGUUGAUACGAUUUGUGUGUUAAUUGAUAAAGACGGUGAACCACUGAUACGUAUAAGAGUUAUAUACUUGACUGAGUUCGACAAAACAAUUGAUACAUUAAAAGAGAAACUAACCGUUAUACAGCUACAGCAAUAUAUGGAUAUCUUUAAAGAAUUUUACGAUAUUGCAAAGGCAGCGAAUAUAGAUGGUAAUGUGGCGGCUUCCUAUUUCAUUACAACUAGGUUGUUAAACUUGAUAGAUGAUGUAUGUAAAAUGUCUUUGAUGUAUAUUGAAUGUCAUCCCGUUGCUACGGAUCUCCUGAUACUGCUAUGCCAGUCUCUUCCUAUAAUGAAAUAUCCUGACUUUAUUCUGAACAAAAUUAAAAAUGUCCCAGCAUUUUUACCAGACCACGCCCAACAAGCUCAGAAAUUGAAGAUACAGGCCGAAGCGUACGAAUUUAAGGGUAUCUGCAGCCUUGCCAUACAACGUGGGAAAGAAGCUAGAGAUUUAUUGGACACUGAUGGAGAUAAGGAGGAGAUGACGGAGUUAAUUAAAAGAAUGGAAGAGAAGCAAAGACUGAAAGAAUCAAAGAGUGCCGUAAAGAUUCAACCAGAACCAGAACCUGUUAAGAAAAAAGAAAAGACCAAACCAACACAUUACGAGGCUGCUGCUAAAAUCCUGGUACUUGAUGUUCAUAUUGAGCCUGUUAUAAGUGGUGCAGAGUUACAGAUUGUCAAAGGACAGUUUAGCUGUUCUACAGCCGAACAAUUCCACGAAAGUAUAAUCAAAUAUUUAAUAUCGAGGGCUAAAGAAGAAGAAGGCGAAAUGCCUACAGAAAACAAACUCUUUUUUCGAUUUAUAUCUGGAUUGGACAUCCUAAGAAAGAAUUUAUCUGAAUCACGUGAUGUUUGGUUGGGAAUUUUAAGAUAUGUUUUUCACAUUAUUUCUUUGCUUGGUGUGAGCUGUAAAAGGAAUAAAACAGUCACCGACAAACCGGAGAUCCUAAUAAAUGAGAAAUUGGGUGAACUGAUUGAGGACUGUCUACCGAAAGUAUUUGGAGGAAACACCACUAACAGUGAUGUAGCAGUAUUGCUGGCAGAAUUUAUGGAAAUAGCUAAGCUGGCUUUAACAAACAGCAAUACAGAUUCGUGUUUGUAUCUAACAGAUUAUAUCGUCAGAUUACACAUGCUGCAUAUGUCUGGAGGAGAAGAAGGGAUGACUCUUCUACCAGAUUUAUUUCUUCUACACAUUAGCAGUGUAGAUAUAAAGAUAUUCUCGGAUUAUGUAAUCGGUGCUUCUAAAACGGCAUCAUCUUUCUCAUGUUGUACCAGAGCACAGAAGGGAAAGGCUCUGGAAUUUGAGGCCAUGGCUCUGAAAGAGAAACAAAAGUAUAACGAAGCUAUUAAGAAAGCAAAAUUAUCGGAAGCAACCUUCCAGAUUACAGAAGACAAAGACAGAAUAACUGCGUUCAUAAAAUCAUUAGAGAAACUGGAGAAAAAGAAACUGGGAAGAACAACACAACAGGAUACGUAAAAUAGCAAAAUUAACAACUUUAUGAAAAUAUUUACCGAACUUUUAAAGCGAAUAUUUUAGUUAUUGAUAUAAAUGUUUUACCCAAGUCAAUUUUAAACUUAUCAAAAAAAUUUAAAAUCUAAAUUGUUAUUAUAGUUCGCUUUAUUGAUAUUUAUAUUGCGAUACAGGUUCUUUCUGAAUUAUGGCAUAAUGCCAUUUUUUUCUGACGAGCUUCCCAAAUGAGCAAAACUACUUUAAAAUGUUAAAAUGUUAUUAAACCAGUGUUGAAAUCGUUUCUUGUCGCCAGACCUUUUAACUUUUCAUCGUUUACCGUAAAAGAUUAUAGUGCAGCUUUGCGGUUGUGCUAAUAUUUUCGAAUACAAAUAUAUAUAUCAAUGAUAAUAAUGAAGGAAUCCAGUGGGUCGAUAAUUUAUUUAAUAGAUUAAUAGAUUGGUAAUUGAUACCCCGUUUGUAAAAAAAACUAUAAUUAUGAUGAAGAAUAUCAUUUAUGAUAUUACUCUAUAAUGAUGUUAUAGAUAUAUAUUAACUAUAUAUAUCAAUUGUGUUAUGUAGAUAUAUGUUCACUAUUUAUACAAAUUGUGAUAUUGCUCUGUAAUAAUAUGUUUAGUUACAGUAUUUACUUGAAAAACAACAAAGCUGGAUUUAAACAAUUUAAUAUGCAUUAAAAAAAUUA